GGGAAAAAAAUCCGCAAGUCCAUUUUAGAUCGAUCUUUACGCUCAUUCAUCGGAUCUAAAGCUGCUCCCUGACGUAACUUACAUUUGUUUAUUUAUUUACCUCGCAGCGACAUCGAGACUACAUUUUCUUGUGGCUCCUAAUAUGAGCGCUUCGGUGCCGCGCAGUCACCAGGGGGCAUGCACAUAGUAAUAAUAACAAUAAUAAUGCAUUUGAGGAAAGCCUGCUACGACGAGCCUCCAUCGUUUCUAGCUCCCCGCACAAACGCCAGCCCGGCCGCGGCGUGAUGGAGCUGUGCGCUUAGGUUCAUGUGUCCGGCGGGACUGCCCCUGGCUUUUUUUCUGGGGAAGAUCAUAUUGGAUCAUAUUGUUUGCAGGACGUUGUUCCUCCUGCAGCCCCCCCAGUCUAUCCCGACGUAGUUGUGAAUUGAACAUGGCGACUGUACCAGUAUAUUGCAUCUGCAGAUUACCUUACGACGUGACCCAGUUUAUGAUCGAGUGCGAUGCUUGCAAGGACUGGUUCCACGGCAGCUGCGUCGAUGUUGAUGAAGACGAUGCUCCAGACAUCGAUAUUUAUCACUGUCCAAACUGCGAGAAGACCCACGGCAAAUCCACAUUGAAAAAGAAAAAGAACUGGAGCAAACAUGACACAGGCCAAAGCACAGAUAUCAAAGCUGUUCAGAACGGCAGUCAGGUCUUCAUCAAGGAGCUCCGCAGCAGAACGUUUCCGAGUGCUGAUGACAUAGUGGUGAAGCUCAGUGGCAGUCAGCUGACCAUGGAUUACCUGGAGGAGAACGGCUUCAAUGAACCAAUCCUGGUUCAGAAGAAAGACGGUUUGGGCAUGUCCAUGCCCGCCCCCACCUUCUACAUCAGUGAUGUGGAGAACUAUGUUGGUCCCGAUGUCAGCGUGGAUGUGGUGGAUGUCACGAAGCAGACAGACAGCGAGAUGAAGCUCAAAGAGUUUGUCGACUAUUACUACAGCACAAACAGAAAGAAAGUAUUAAACAUCAUCAACCUGGAGUUCUCUGACACGAGGAUGAACAGCAUAGUGGAGAGUCCACAGAUUGUGCGGCGGUUAUCUUGGGUAGAAAACUACUGGCCCGAUGACGCUCUGCUCGGGAAGCCAAAAGUCACCAAAUACUGUCUAAUCUGUGUUAAAGACAGCUACACAGACUUCCACAUCGAGUGCGGUGGCGCCUCUGUCUGGUACCACGUUCUCAAGGGAGAAAAGAUCUUCUUCCUCAUUAAGCCCACCUCGGCCAACCUGUCUCUGUACGAGCGCUGGAGGUCGUCGUCCAAUCACAGCGAAAUGUUCUUUGCUGACCAGGUGGACAAGUGUUACAAAUGCACAUUGAAGCAAGGCCAGUCCCUGUUCAUCCCAUCAGGUUGGAUCAAUGCAAUACUGACACCUGUCGACUGUCUGGCGUUCUCUGGACACUUUGUCCACAACCUCAGUGUGGAGAUGCAGAUGAGGGCAUAUGAAAUUGAAAAACGGCUAAAGGUCAAAACUCUCACUCCUUUCCCCAACUUUGAGACGGCGUGCUGGUAUGUGGGGCGACACCUCCUCGAACGAUUCAAAGGUUUACAUAAAGCGAAUAAGCAGCCAGCUCCAUACCUGAUACAUGGUGCCAAAAUCAUCAAUGGAGCCUUUAGAGCCUGGACUAAAAAGCAGGCUCUCCUGGAACAUGAAGAUGAGCUUCCAGAGAACAUGAAGCCAUCACAACUCAUUAAGGAUCUUGCCAAAGAGAUCAGAUUGUCAGAGAACACAACAAAAGCCAUUAAAAGCGAAGCUCCAGUUAAGGUACCAGUUGAGGAACCGUUGUCCACCCAGUCCGAGCCUGAAGAAGCCGUGUCUCCAGCACAUGUCCCCUCACCCAGCAGAGAGAAGUCCAGAAAGAAAAGCUCAAAACCCCCUAAACCCCCUAAACCACCCAAGCCUCCCAAACCUUCAAAGACGCCCAAGCCUCCGAAGGUGCCAAAGGUCAAGGAAGGAGGAAAGAAGAAAGCAAAGUCAGCAAAGGAGUCAUCACCACCUCCUAAACCCUCCAGUUUUGCUGCGCUGGAGUCCCAUGCAAAGGACAUUUUGAGUAAAAUGGACCAGCCAAAAAAGCCUAAGGCUGUUAAGAAUGUCCUGAGCAUGUCUGAGAAGGAAAUGUCAAAGCAGAACAAUGUGGAAAAGUUUGAUAUCAGAGAGCAGAAUAAAAACAAGACUGAAGCGAAAUGGAAGUACAAGAAUAGUAAACCCGAUUCCCUGCUGAAAAUGGAGGAGGAAUGCAAAUUUGACAGAACACUGCUGUCAAGCAAUAAAGACAGAUUCAGCUUUACUAUGUCUCACAGGAAACUGCUGAGCUCCAAGACCCUGAAACCUCAGACCAACUCAAGUGUUUUUGGAUCAUUACAAAACCUAAAAGAGGACAAAACCAAGCCAGUGAUAGACGAGUAUGAGUACGUCUCAGAUGAAGGCGAGCUGAAGAUUGACGAAUUCCCCAUCAGACGGAAAAAGAACACUGUUAAGAGAGAUCUUUCCUUUUUAUCAGACAUCAGAGAACCUAUUCAGCCAGCCAAAAAAACAAAGUUUCAACCCUCGGUGACUAAGAGCACAGACUCCUCAGAUGAAGAGACGCUGCACAUAGACACGGAGGCCAAGCCUGAGGUCAAAAGUCGCAAUUCCAAGGUGAAGAAAAAGAGCGGCAGCGCCGCAGGAAUUCUGGACCUGCUGCAGGCCAGCAAGCAAGUGGGUGGCAUCGACUACGGCACCAACAGUCAGCCACCUGCAUCUCCCAGCACACAGGAGGCCAUUCAGGGCAUGCUGUCCAUGGCCAACCUGUCGUCUUCAGAGAGCUUGCAGCAGCCGUGGAGCAACAGCCAGGCCAAAAACAACGGCCAGUCGAAGAACAACUCGCACAGCUCGCAGGCCGGCAAGAAGGCCGGCAGAGGAGGAGGCGGAAACAACAGCAAGCGGUCGACUAAACGUCUGCCAAAGAAACCCAGGAAGAGCAGCAGUAUUGAGAGUCUAGAUUAUGACGACGACCAAGAUCACAUGGAUGCGUGUUUCAAGGACUCGGAUUACGUUUACCCCUCGCUGGAGUCCGAAGAGGAUAAUCCUGUGUUCAAAUCGAGAUCAAAGAAACGGAAAAGCAGCGACGACACUCCGUACAGCCCCACAGCCCGCGUAGGACCAUCAGUUCCCCGACACGAGCGGCCAGCCAGAGAUGGAGCCCGGGUGGCGUCCAUAGAAACAGGCCUGGCUGCGGCUGCAGCAAAGCUUUCCCACCAGGAGGAACAACAAAAAACCAAGAAGAAGAAGAAAAGCACCAAAAAGAAGGCGCUAGUAAUAGAGGAGCCCCCGAAAAUCUCUCAGGACAGUAGCUCGCCGGAGCACAAUCUGGACUCCCAGGACGGCAGCCUGACAGACCACGAGUUCAACACUGGAACGGUCAAGUCACCGGGAGGGCCGCAGCCCAUGGCGCCCGGGGUCUUCCUCAGCCAGAGACGGCCGUCCAUGUCCUCUCCCAACAGCACCAACUCCACAAGCACCAACAGCAGCGGCAUGGCGAAGGGUGACCGUGUGGGCUCAGCAGACGCCAAAGCUAAGCGGCUAAAGAAAGGCAUGGCAACAGCCAAACAGAGACUUGGAAAGAUUUUAAAGAUCCAUCGAAAUGGAAAGCUCCUUCUGUAGCAUGCAGCGGACUGUCGUAGGACUGGGAAUUCACGAGCUGGGUCCCAUCCCAACCUCAGCCCCCCGUUCACCGAUUAAAGCCAACGACGUGGAAAAGAGAUAAAAGACUGAAACGAGAUGGGAGAAGAAGAAAAUCAUGCAUUUUUGAAUUUCUAAGAAGAACAUCAGUCAAAUAGGUUUUUGCCUCUACUUAUACUUUAUAACUUUCAGAUAUUAAAAGUGUACAGAACCUACUAUAAAUAUUUUUUAAGAGAACAUGUCUCAUUUUACUACAGCUGUGAGUUUAUCAGGGGUUGCUAAAACAUGAAGUAGAAUUACAUUGCAGUCAUUCCAAGAUUUGUGAAAGUAUCCCUUGCAUGUAUUCAGUUGCAUGUGCGCUUGGGUCAGGGUUUUUUUUUGUUUGUUUGUUGGUUUGUUUGUUUGUUUUUGAGGGUGGGGGGUUAUUUCCUACUAACUGGAUGCGGCUUAUCAUUGCCACGCUUGAUUGAACUGGGAAAAUUCACCUCCUCCUUUCCCAACGUCCUCGUGUUUGAUCAGAAUCGAUUAGCGCGCGUGCGUCUCUGUCGGCGGGAACCUUUGUUCGUUUGUGCCGAGCCGUGGAUCGCAAAUGAGGAGCGACUAUAAAGCACAAAAAGCGAAUCGCGGGCAGCGCCGUCCAGAUGUUUGUCAAAGCGAACGCAGUCAGACGGAGGAGGACCGGCCAUAGGAUUACUGACACUACACGGCGCUGAUGAUAAGCCUCAUCCACGUCACGUCUGCGGUUACAUGGGGAUACUUUCUCUCUUCUUUUGCUUUCCCAGGCAGCACCGACAACAUAGGCGCAUCUCUGCAUUUUUAUAGCUUCACACAUCACAGUAUAUAGAAUGUAGCUUGUACAUAGCCUUUUAAAUUACUACUUUUUGUAUCCUUUCCCCUUAAGGCUUCAUUCAGCAUUUUUACCGGUUUUGCUAAUAAGAAUAAAUGAAUAAAAGUAUAUAUAUGGAUAUACACUAUAGUCCUAAUUUUUAUUUGUAUUUUUUUUUAAUAACAGAGGUUCACUUUUAUUAUUAUUAGUAUUAUGUUGUCAUUAGACGUAAAGGUGUUGCCUGGAAAACAAUCGAAGACACGAUACAUUUUAUUGUCAUAUGGCCUUACAUACACAAAGCUAAUUGUAUUGUGAUUCUGUCUGAACGAGAGACGAAGCUUUGAGGGAAAAUUACAUAAAAGGAUUAAAAAAAGCAACACUUAAAGUUUCUAUGACCAGCCUCUUGUUCGAGUUCUAGUAUCCUGAAGGGUUUUGGAGUUAUUUUACUAGCACCUUGUGAAGUGUUUAUGUGUCAGUGAUGUAAUUUAUUAAUGUUUGUAGCUUUUUUAUACUUGUACAAUUCUAAAGAGUUUUUGUUUUCUUUUGGUUUUGAAUAUUUCAUCAAGUUGUGAAUUUACCCUUUACUUUUUGUUGCUUUCUUUUUUAGGCGUUUGUGUAUUUGGGGGGCGCCACGGACAUUUGACACACUAGAACCCACGUUGGCAAACUUUUUUAUCUACACCCUGUCUCCAACCAUUUCCAAUGUGACAUGAUUAUCAUUACUAUUGUUGAUAUUAUGGUUCGAAGCAGCCGCGUCCACACCUCCAUCACACCUCGGGUUGUGUUUUUUUCCACGUUAUUUUGGUCAGGACAUUUUCGACAUGGUCUCAGUGCGCUCUGCUUUCGUCUCCGAAACGCUCUGAUCAAACACUCUUUUCAGGUUUUUAUUUUGUACAAUACGUGUGUUGCUUUGUUGUGGUUUAUUUUUGUAUGUCCGACCUAUUAAAUGCAUCCACUGUGCCAGGACAGUGAAUGAUACCUGUUGUAGCUGUCUUCCCUUACUGUUCUUCACAGUACUACCAAGUAUUUACAAUCCUUUUUGACCUGAAAUAUAUUUUUCUGUAUUUAGACGAUUCUGUUGGAGAUCAUAGCUCACUUUUCUAAGACAUGGAGAAAUGGCAAAUUCAACUCCGAGGAACAAACAUAUUGUUGUUGAAUGAUAUGAUUGUCCGCCUUGUUUACUUUUGCAAUACAGUUACUGUGGAAAACCUACUUUGUAAUGUGUUCCUGUCCCACCUGCGUUGUGACAGUUUGUGUGGUGAACACUAAACAUGGUUUCUUUUUGCUUUCCUGCUUGACACUGUCCUGCUUAAAAGUCACUACGCACAUCAUCGGGCUCUUGGACUCCUCCCACAGCUCUAGCCGAGUCAUUAAUUAAAACCAGGCCAAAGUCAACACCAUUAAAACUGUAUUAACUUAAAAA